CUUUUGCUAUCUUCAUUUCAAACCAGCAGCCUUGUCUUAGCUUACCUCUAUACCUUUCUCCCAGGUGUGCACUGGGGGUAUGAAGAAACUAAAAUUUUCCUGGGAAUUCUUGGUGAGCCCUACAUUCACGAGAAACUCCGUACCUGCCAUCGGAACCGCCAGGUGUACCGGAUUGUGGCUGAGCGGCUGCGGGAAUGUGGUUUCUUACGGACCCUGGAGCAGUGUCGCUACCGGUUCAAAAACCUCCAGACCAACUACCACAAAGCCAGAAGCAGCCACACUCUGGUCACCUGCCCCUUCUACGACAAGAUGGAUGCCCUGAUGAGUCCCUGGGCCCUUGCCAACACCUUUGAUGCCUUAGAGGUGGCAGGAGGCCUUCUGCAGAAUAGAGGGGACUCCAAGGAGAACCAGAAGGCAAUGCUGGAAGGUGUGACAGGGGAUGGUAAUGAAGUGGAAGAGGAGCCCCGGAGCCUUGGCGCCCAGGCUUUGAGGGGGAGUCCUAAUGGUAAGCUCUCCUCCUCACAGUGCACCUCAGGAUGGUGGGAAAGACGAAGGCCUGUGGGAAGCAUUAGGUGUGAAUCAGGAGACAUGCUUAUUGUUGUCUGUCACUCUGCUGUCACUAAUCUGUGUCUGGAAUGGCCUCGUCAGGAGAAAAAUUACUGAUUUCUUUAGAGGAACACUGUUUACUGCCUAUCCUCAAAUAUUGCUAGAGUCAACCCUCCACUGGACCAGUAGUCUAGGGUGACUCACCAAGACCAUUUUGAGGGUUUCGUUCUCUCUAGCAAAAGGAUUUCCCUGCCUGCUUUUAGUAACAAUAUUAUCGAAACAGAGGAGAGAGAGGUUGGCAUUAAAGUUUUAGUUGUUUGUUUCCAUCUAAACUACCCCUUAGAUGUGAACUCUGCAUAUAUUAUAUAUAACAGUCUUCCGCUUGAAGACUUGUCUGUUCUUGGGCAAGUGGGCAAGUUGGUUAACACCCCAAUCCUCCAUUUUCCCAUCUGUAAAAUGGACAUAGUGGUAGUAUCUACCUCACUGGGCCGUUAGGAGGAUCCUGGCACAUUGUUAGCACUCAGCAAAUGUUAGUUUUCGUUAUCAUCAUCAUUAUAAUUAUUGUUAAAAUAGAUAAGCACAUUGCCCUGUCUCCUCACUUAGGGGGCAAAUUUCCUGAGUCAUUAACUGAACUUUUUCUUCUGAAAACUAGACCUUUCUGGGAAGUGCUUCCAUUCUCAUUUCACCUACCACUUCCAGAUAUGAGAACGAAAGCAAAUUACAUAAGAACUCCAUGUCCCUGCUUGCCUUUCCUUGAGCAGGACUUCUAGUUCCCCAGCCAGAUGGGGUCUCAAGGCUGGAGAGAAGUGAAGAGCUUUGGAGUGACAAUCCCUGGGACUUCAAGGAAAUUCAGAAAACUUCCUGUGCAGGUGAGAAAUGAGUGAAAGCAAGUGAAAUCUAGUAUUCCACCAACAAAGAAGUCAGACCUGGAAUUCUGAACAUGGACAAGCCAGCACUGGGCAAGCCAGGCACUUGGCCUUCCCAGUUUAUUGUUCUGUGGGGCUGAAACCACAGGAGUUGGGAGAAGAACAGAGAAGCAGGUGGCGCCCAGGAAAGCCUCUUCCCCUUAGUUACCUAAUAUAGAUAUAAACAAAUUAUUAGUGUUUAUGAUUUCCCUCUUAAAUUCCUAUCUGAAUUUUAACUAUAGUGAACUGUCACUUAACCAGGUUAAUAGAAGAAGUGAGCAUGGAUGACACCAAAUUAAAACUAUGGUCUACCUUGAUUACUG